AUGACGACCGCGUCGCGCCCCUGCGCGACGCUCGCGCGCGUCGGCGGCGGCGGCGCGCUCGUCGCCGCGGACGCGUUCGUCGCGUUCGAAGACCCGGAAGUCCAAGACGCGGUCGAGGACGCGCGAGCGAAGGUGGAUCUCCUGAGGGGCGUCACGGAGGCGCGCCUGAAGAAGCUGAGCCGCGCGCAGCUGACGGGGAUCGUGAGCGACCUCCUCGCGAUGGCCGCGCGGUUCGAGUUCGAGCGCGAGGAGCGGUUCGAGCGGAUGAAGAGAGAGACCGCGCCCCCGCCGCCGCCGCCGCGGAGGAACAGAAGCCCCGGGGGCGCCGCGGGCGCGAGGGCGAGGGCGUCGCAAACGCCGAUCUCGACGACGACGACGACGACGACGACGACGCGUCGCCCGGCGGAGACCACCCGGCGCGACCGCGAGUGGCUGCGGGUGAACCAGCGCGCGCCGCCGACGCGCGUCGAGACCGAGUCCGCGGUCGUGAUACAAGCGCACGCGCGGGGGUACCUGUCGCGCGCGCGGGCGCGAGAGAACCGAAGCCGACGCGCGCGAGAGGGCGUGGACGGCUCGGCCGGGGCGCCGGCGGCGAAGUCGAGGACGACGCCGUUGACGGGGCCGGAGCUCGUCGCGCGCGAGAUGGCGCGGGCGAAGAUGGAGCACCUCGUGAACGAGUUUAAGGAGCGGAAACGGAGGGACGCCGCGUUCUUAGAGAAGAGCGCGCGGGACAUAGCGUAG